AUGGAUGAGUCUGAUGGUAGGAAAAUUAGGAACAUAUGUAUCUUAGCACAUGUAGACCACGGUAAGACAACCCUCGCUGACCACCUGAUUGCUUCCUCUGGUGGCGGUGUGCUUCACCCGAGACUUGCCGGGAAGCUUAGGUACAUGGACUAUCUCGAUGAAGAACAGAGGCGUGCAAUCACCAUGAAGAGCUCUUCAAUUUCUCUUCGAUAUAAAGACUAUUCUCUAAACCUGAUUGAUUCCCCUGGCCACAUGGAUUUCUGUAGUGAAGUCUCAACAGCUGCUCGGCUCAGUGAUGGAGCUUUGGUUUUGGUUGAUGCUGUUGAAGGUGUCCACAUUCAGACGCAUGCUGUCUUGCGUCAAGCUUGGAUCGAGAAGUUGACACCUUGCUUGGUUCUUAACAAGAUUGAUCGGUUGAUUUGUGAGUUGAAGUUGAGCCCCAUGGAAGCAUAUACCCGCUUGAUAAGGAUUGUUCAUGAGGUUAACGGGAUCGUGAGCGCGUAUAAGUCAGAGAAGUAUUUGUCGGAUGUUGACUCUAUACUUGCGAGUCCUUCAGGUGAACUUUCUGCUGAGAGUCUUGAGUUGUUGGAAGAUGAUGAAGAAGUUACUUUUCAGCCUCAGAAGGGUAAUGUGGUCUUUGUGUGUGCUCUGGACGGGUGGGGUUUCGGGAUCUCUGAGUUUGCUAAUUUCUAUGCCUCCAAGCUUGGAGCUAGUGCGACUGCGUUGCAGAAAUCAUUAUGGGGUCCUCGUUAUUAUAAUCCUAAGACUAAGAUGAUUGUAGGGAAGAAGUCUUUAAGUGCAGGAAGCAAGACAAAACCAAUGUUUGUGCAGUUUGUGCUUGAGCCUUUGUGGCAGGUUUACGAGGCUGCAUUAGAUUCCGGUGGGGAUAGAGCUUUUCUUGAGAAAGUUAUAAAAUCCUUCAGUCUGUCUAUUCCACCACGGGAAUUUCAGAACAAGGAUCCAAAAAGCGUGCUGCAAUCGGUGAUGAGCCGUUGGCUUCCUUUGUCUGAUGCAGUCUUGUCUAUGGCCGUGAAGCAUCUGCCAGAUCCCAUUGCAGCACAGGCAUAUAGAAUCCCACGCUUGGUUCCAGAAAGGAAAAUUAUCGGUGGUAAUGAUGUUGAUUCAAAUGUCCUUGCAGAAGCAGAGCUUGUUAGAAAAUCAAUUGAGGCUUGUGAUUCUAGCCGUAACACCCCUUGUGUUGUGUUUGUGUCUAAAAUGUUUGCUAUUCCCAUGAAAAUGAUUCCUCAAGAUGGGAAUCACAGGGAGAGGAUGAAUGGUUUAAAUGAUGAGGACAGUAAAAGUGAGUCAGAUGAGUGUUUCCUUGCAUUUGCUAGGAUCUUUAGCGGGGUUCUUUGUGCAGGGCAAAGAAUCUUUGUGAUUACUGCUCUAUAUGAUCCUCUCAAAGGCGAAUCGUCUCACAAGUACAUUCAAGAAGCAGAACUCCAUUCCCUAUAUCUUAUGAUGGGACAAGGUUUAACACCUGUAGACGAGGUGAAAGCUGGAAAUGUAGUGGCCAUAAGAGGGCUCGGACCAUAUAUAUCAAAAAGUGCAACACUUUCAUCGACUAGAAACUGUUGGCCCUUAGCCAGCAUGGAGUUUCAGGUUUCUCCUACUCUUAGAGUGGCGAUUGAACCGUCGGAUCCUGCAGAUAUGAGUUCUCUGAUGAAAGGUCUAAGACUUCUGAACCGAGCAGAUCCGUUUGUGGAGAUCACGGUGUCUGCUAGAGGAGAACACGUGCUUGCUGCUGCUGGAGAAGUUCAUCUAGAAAGAUGUAUUAAGGAUUUGAAAGACAGAUUUGCAAAAGUGAACCUUGAAGUCUCUCCGCCUCUUGUGUCCUACAGGGAGACCAUUGAAGGUGAUGGAUCUCAUCUUUUGGAUAGUUUGAGAUCUUUAAGCUUGAAUACUUCUGAUUACAUCGAGAAGAGAACUUCAAAUGGCAGAUGCGUUAUCAGAGUACACGUCAUGAAACUACCGCAUGCGUUAACAAAGCUGCUCGAUGAGAACACGGAUUUGCUUGGUGACAUAAUUGGAGGUAAAGGCAGUCAUACCGUUAAGAUACUAGAAUCCCAAAAGCCUAGCCUCGAAGAGAAUGUGGAUCCCAUCGAAACAUUGAAGAAACAGUUAAUUGAAGCUGGUGUUUCAUCAAGUUCUGAAACCGAAAAGGAUCGUGAGAAAUCUAAAACCGAAUGGUCGAAACUGCUCAAGAGGAUUUGGGCUCUUGGUCCAAGAGAAAAAGGUCCAAACAUACUAUUUGCUCCAGAUGGUAAAAGAAUCGCCGAGGAUGGAUCAAUGCUUGUAAGAGGCUCUCCUCAUGUCUCUCAAAGACUUGGCUUCACAGAAGAUUCUACUGAACAACCUCCAGAAGCAUCUGAAGCAGCAUUGUACAGCGAAGCACUGACUCUCGAAAGCAGUAUCGUCUCAGGUUUUCAGCUAGCGACUGCAGCAGGACCGCUAUGCGAUGAACCAAUGUGGGGCUUAGCUUUCACCAUCGAAACUCAUCUCGCAGAAGAUUCCGAAACAGAGAAACAACCCGAAAACUUUGGGAUUUUCACAGGACAAGUCAUGACAGCUGUCAAAGACGCAUGUAGAGCCGCGGUGCUUCAGAGAAAUCCACGGAUCGUCGAAGCCAUGUACUUCUGCGAACUGAACACAGCACCGGAGUAUCUUGGUCCUAUGUACGCGGUUUUAAGCAGAAGACGAGCUAAAAUUCUCAAGGAAGAAAUGCAAGAAGGGUCGUCUCUGUUCACGGUCCACGCGUAUGUGCCCGUAUCUGAAAGUUUCGGUUUUGCAGACGAGCUGAGAAAAGGAACGUCUGGUGGUGCGAGUGCUCUAAUGGUUCUAAGUCAUUGGGAAAUGCUCGAGGAAGAUCCGUUCUUUGUUCCGAAAACGGAAGAAGAGAUUGAAGAGUUUGGUGACGGGGCAAGCGUGCUUCCAAACACGGCGAGGAAACUCAUCAAUGCGGUACGACGCAGGAAAGGACUACACGUUGAGGAGAAAGUGGUUCAAUAUGCAACUAAACAGAGAACCUUGGCUCGUAAAGUUUGA